CUCCUGUUCCGCUCAUUAAAAAGAGGAUAUUCAUCCCUAUCAUGUCGUUACUACAUAUACAGGUCUACGAUCCUAUUUCAUUACAAUAUUAUGCAUUAUCUUUUCUUUUUCUGAAGAGCCAGAGAAGAAAUCAUUCCCUUGUGCUUCUUUUACGCAAAGACAACAACGACUAUGUAGCUCAACUCUCCCAGUUAAAGCUCAUUAUAAAGUAUGCAGUUGCGAUCUUAUCAAACCUAAAGACUUCGGUGAUACGGUUGCGUUGCACAAUUGAAUUACGAAGUUUGAGUUGGAGAAGGUUUUGUACUAAAUCCAACACUAAUUACGACAAAAAGGGCAAAAUAAUGUUCAGCGGAUUGGUGCAAUUUAAUUUUAAUUUGGGUUGAUAGAUCUAAGGCCGUGCAGAGCACGGGCGCACAACUAGUCUAUCUAAUGCGACUACAAAAUUUACAAGCUCUGCGUACGGAGGGAGUAAAUCAUAGAUACUCACUAAUUAUAUCAUAGUCUACCAAAGUCCCAAUUAGAACGGAACAGACAUUGUACUUUCUCCCUGUUUUCUGUUUCAUUUAGUCACCGAGAUCCACUCUGCUGACUAACUCGGCCAGUCUUAUUCAGCUGAACUCUAAUGGGAGGUUCAGCUAAAUCUCCUCAAGCUUCUUCUUCUGCUCCUCCAAGUUUAUGGUUUGCUAGUAAUCCAAGUAAAAGAUGGGGAGAAAUGUUUUUCCUUCUUUAUACUCCUUUUUGGUUGACUCUUUGUCUUGGUAUUGUCGUUCCUUACAAACUAUAUGAGAAAUUUACUGAAUUGGAGUACUUAGUUUUGGGACUUAUAUCAGCCGUUCCUUCUUUCUUGAUACCACUUCUUGUUGCCGGGAAGGCCGAUAGCAGCUUAUGUUUGAAGGAUCGAUACUGGGUGAAGGCCAGUCUCUGGAAUAUAAUCUUCAGUUAUGUUGGGAACUACUUUUGGACUCAUUACUUCUUCACUGUUUUGGGAGCUUCAUAUACCUUUCCUUCAUGGAAGAUGAACAACGUACCGCACACAACUUUCCUCCUCACUCACGUUUGCUUCCUGUUUUACCAUGUGGCGUCAAAUAUGACGCUUCGCCGACUACGACAUUCUAUUGCUGACUUACCAGACUCAAUUCGAUGGGUUACUGAGGCUGCUUGGAUUCUAGCUCUUUCUUAUUUCAUAGCAUAUCUUGAGACUGUAGCCAUCUCCAGCUUCCCGUACUAUGAGUUUGUCGACCGGGCGUCAAUGUACAAAGUCGGAUGCUUGUUUUACGCAAUUUAUUUCUUCGUGAGCUUUCCAAUGUUUUUGAGGAUUGACGAGAAACCCAGUGAUAAGUGGGAUUUGCCCAGAGUGGCUGUUGAUGCGUUGGGUGCUGCGAUGCUCGUCACGAUAAUACUUGAUUUAUGGAGAAUCUUUCUAGGACCCAUAAUCCCCGUUGCAGACACAAGACAGUGCAAUCAACCAGGACUUGCAUGGUUUCCAUAACUUCCAAAAAGUUUCUUGAGAGCAUUGCUAAUUCCACGAGCCCGAGCUCACUCAGAGCUGAUUUUAGUUUGGAGCAUACUUGCCGGCGAUGGGUUACUGAUGCGGACCAGGUUAAGUUUCUUCCCAAAAUUGAGGGAUCUAGGAGGAGAUUUUCUCCUGUUUUUUCUCUCAUGAGAAGAAGUGCUUAAUCUCAUCUCCCUCUUUUGUUGAACACUUGAAACGAGAAAUUUCAAUGAAAAGCAAGAUUUUAGUGAGGUCUGCUCCAGGAUUGGCUAAAGCAUCUGUUGCCUGAUUAGCUUCCCUGUAGAUGGCUUGGGUGCAGUUGGAAGUUCCACGAAGUGGGAUGGGUAGCAACGCAGCGUGUUGUUACUUAGUGUAUAUGCAGACUUCCCUGACAGUAGUGGCGAUUUUUUGUAUGCGCCCGUACACAAUCAUCUUUGUCCGGCUGAAUGAGCCGAGUCAUUAAUAUUGACAACCAGACAAAAACUUCCUGAUAAUCAGAUGCACCUCCUUGGAUGAUGGAGUGAUUUUUUUAAUCCUCAGCUUU